GUUGUCGCAGCACACGAUGUACGAGAUCGACAAAAACAGUGGUCGAUUGCAUAAUAAUAUUUAAGUAUUAUUAUCAGUUUUUUGUUGUACAAUGUACACGAGUAAUUAGCGAGACUGUUGAUAAUGGUGGAGAACUCAUCGAAGGAUUUCGAUAACAAUUGAUAAUCACCGCCACUACCGCUCAAUAUAUUAUAAACUACAUAAUAUUAUGUUCAUCAAUAGAUUAACAGUUCACACAUCGAUCAUUUGUACUCCGUCGCUGUUGACGGCUUGCAGGAAACGUUUUGAAAUCUUUGAAGCUAUGAGCCACUUGUCGCACGUUUCCACGGACUUGGCUGGCCCGGCGGUCGGGAUCUACAGCCAAGCAGUUAAAUACGGCGAUACAGUUUAUUUGUCAGGUACCUUGGGCUUGGAUCCUAAUACAGGUAAACUAGUUGAAGGCGGUGCCGCACCCGAGAUAAAAAGGGCAUUAGAAAAUAUUAAGCAUGUUCUUGAAGCAUCUCAAUCGUCUUUCAGUUCGAUCGUUAAGACCACGGUUCUGUUAGCUGACAUAAAAGACGGUCCAACGGUAAACGAGAUUUACAAGCAAUUUUUUGUGCCGCCAUAUCCGGCUAGAGCAAUGUUUCAAGUAGCAAAAUUGCCUUUGGACGCCAAAGUCGAAAUAGAAGUUAUUGCAGCGGUUAACAAGUAAUCGCAAUAAGGUUUAUUUUAAUUUUAUUUGUUAAAAUGUUUUACAAACUUGCUCCGAGCAACAGAAAUAAUUUAAAUAUAUUAUUUACAAAACAAAACGUGCUGUAUACAUAUUAAAGCGAGGAUUUAAUGCCUAUUCGAAGGAUAGAAUUAUCUGUCUCAGUAUAAUUAGAAAUGUGACAAAUU